AUGAGCGGCAGCGUCGAUGCGAACCCUGCGCCCACCGCGGUGGCCCCACCCAUGCCCGCCGAGGGCAGUAAGCCCAGCCCGACCACUGUGGGCAGCGCUGUGCCUGGGGCAGCGCCGGGCGGGGGAACUGGGGUGGCGCAGGGCGCCGAGGGCGACACGGCCAGCAGAAAGGGGUCUGUACCAGUGUCCACCAUUGUGGCCGCUCCCCCGAACGGGGUCAUGUCCAACUGUGUGUAUGUCCUGCCUGUGACCAAAGGUGACGUGAAGCCCGUGGUGUCCACCACGCCGCUCGUGAACUUCCUGAUGCAACUGAAGGACUGCAUGCCCACGAUACCAGACGCCCUGCGGUGGUGGUUCCUGCACAAACCCAACGUGGCGAAGGCGGUGGAGCAGUUCGUGUCACUGGUGCGGGAACUACGUGCCCAGGAAAGUCUACCCUACACCGCCUGGUGCCAUCUGGCUGUGGCGCGCUGCGCGCAGAGCCUAUUCCACGACCCCGCCAAGGCGACCGCUCUGGUCGAGGCCGUGCGGCUCUUCCUGCGGCAGGAGUGGGACCUGUGGCAGAGCCUGGGGCUGCGCGUCAGUUUCAGCGAACACGUGUUGGUGGCGUAG